AGCCCUCGCCCACAGUCCCGGGCUGAGAGCCAGUUGGGUGCCGGCGUGCGGAGUGGUCAGUCCCGCGCUGGAUUUUUAUUUUCAUCGCCGGUAGGUUACGGGGAAGGCGGGUUGGGGCAGCCUGAACUUGCCGCUGCCGUGUUUUGUGUGGUGCUUCUUGCGCGGCGCAGCCUAAAUCAGCGAGGUACCUGAAAUACCUCUUAAACCCUUACCACCCCCCACGCACACUUCUCUCCCACCAAGCAGCUGCGUGCAACUCUGGUAUUUUCCCUCGAGUGCACUAUACGAUAUUUACUGUCCACUACUUUCUGCUCGCUCUUCCCUCCGGGGCUGUCUCCCAUCAGGACAGGUGAGUAUCGGUGGCAGGAGAGAGGUGCGGGGGGGGGGGUGUCUCUCUCCUCAUGAAGUUUCAUCAGCUCCUAACUUCCAGAUGAGUGUUGUGAGUGAGAGGGUAUCGAAAUGCUCUGUCUUUAGACUCGAUGCUUGCCAAGAUAGGCGUGGAGAGGCGGGUAAGAGGUGAGGAUCCCCUUGCUCCGUGGAGGGCGUUCAAGCUGUGGGGCUCAUUGGAUGCUGUGGGCACAUACUGCUCUGGCUUGAAACUUUGUGUUCAGAAAGCAUCUGAGUGAAUUCAUGGCAGAAAUCUGAAGAUUUUAAACAGCAAUAUGCCAUCUUUGGCUCACAGAGCUCCUUAGCUAUUUGUUACCAGCCGCGGGAAGAAUACCCUGGGAAAUCACUGCUGUGUCCUGUCUUGUUCGUGUCCCCUUUGUAGGUGUCUGCACCCAAGCCCUGCUCCUGUUAUUUCUUCCACUCAAGGGUGGGCUGAUAGCGCUAAGAAACCCAAAAACGGCCCUCAGUAUGAGGGACCUGGGAUGCCACCUGUGACUGUCACACUCAUGCUUUUAAGAGGCAGUUGUAUGGUCACUUACAGAACAGAAACAUUACCAGUAUUAAUUCUAUGUCGAGAGAAAAGCUGACUCAAAAGCUGCUCCUCGUUAGCUACAUUUUCAUUGUUUCUUGGAUAAACCCUGACUAGAGUUUAUCUUUCAGUCACAGCUUUUGCUCUCUCAUCUUACUGCUUUUAAAUUACUUGUUCAUUCAGUUCUGGACUUGACUGAUAAAGAAUAGCUUAGGACAAAGUGUGGCUGCUCCCUACUCCCGUAACGUUCAUGCAGUAUCUUCACACAGAUGCAAAGAGUUGUUUUCAAUAUGCUUAAAUACUUUCUUUAGAAAUAAGAUGAUCUGUUAUAAACAUUGUAUUCAAUUUCUGUUCUGUUGGGGAAGGGAAAAUUUACAGGCAAUGAGAAGUAUGGUUUUAACUUACAAGAGAAUUAAAAAUAAAGGAACUAGAGUGUAUGAGAUGCAUUAAUUUUCUAUAAAAAUGUUUAAACUUACUCCUUAAGGAGCAAAAUAAAAUCUCUCAGCUAUUAUGCUCUCUUGGUUUCUCUUGAAACACAAUUAACUUUGCUAUGAUGAGGGCAUGUAUAAAUACAAAAUUGUCAAGUUAAUCUGAGAACAAAAAAAGAUUAUAACUUCAUUUGCCCUUCCUUUCUCUUACCUCUCGCCCCGUCCUCUCACAUUCCUCCUAAAGCUUGUAGCAGCAGUUUGAUGUUGACAUUCAACUACACCACAGGGGUCUUGAAACAAAAUUUUCAUUGUAAAUGCUUUGUAUUUUGUUCCUUAUUUGACCACUGCCUACACAUUCAGAUCUCUAGUGAAUUUUUGGAGUACUUUAAGCUUGCUGACAGACUUACACAGGUGAAAAAGCUUUCACUGGAUUUCAGAGAAAUCAAGCAGCUUCUGUUGCUUGAGGUGGCAAUGCAGCAGGGAAAUUCAGCCUUAAAAGAAAAACGCUGUUAGUUGCUUAUAGUCAAUGUACUGCCGUUGGUCACGCACAAGUGUCAUGUCAUCCUUCUCAAGACAGUUUCUGGUGUCAUUUAUUAGCAAUAUCAUGUACACCCAGCCAAGGCUGGGGACUUACUCCCUGAGAUCCUGUAAUGGGCAGCUGCCACGUGUAUCUUUUCUACUCUUAGCUGUAAGCCCAGGAAGUUAGAAAGAAGGAAAUGUUUCAGCGUUACUGGUGCAGAGACCCGUUCAUUUUUACCACUGACUCAUACGAUACUGAGGUAGAAAACAUAGUGGUUACCAUAUAAUUUCAAUACAGAGAGUCAAAAUAGAUUAUGGGCUGCUUCUUUUGGAAAGAUACACCAGAAUGUAGGGUCUGAAUGAUUAUUUUUCAGCAGAUAGAAACUCAGGGGCACUCAAUGAAAUUACCAGGCAGGUCUACAAUGAGCGCAGUGGCAUUUCCGUGCACAUGUAGAUCUACUGUGGUGUAUUAUGACUUAAAGUAUGAAUGAGUUCCAAAGGAAUUAGGUAAAAUAAAGGGAGAACAGGUAUUAAACAGUGAUCAGGAUGUAACUUCCAUUUCAGGAAGUUCAUGAGCUGCUGAUUGCUUGCAGAUUUGAGGUUGGCUGAACAGGACACCUUUGUAUGCUGUGUCUCUGACAGCUUGUUUUAUUCUGAAAAUAAUGUUUAUAAACAAAAUUUAAUCAUAGGUGAAAACUUUACUGCUGUGACCAAAGUAUUAACUUUGCUUCAAGGUGAUUUGGAAGCGUGGUUCAGAAAGUAGUUGAAGAGCAUCCUGGGUAUGUGUGGAAUUUUAAAAAAAUGUAAAUGUAUUAAGAUUGUAAAUUUUCUAACUAUGACGGUGAUGUAAGGUGCCUACAGCCUGUAAGUUUAGAUCUUGGCUGACUGUUUCCUGUACCACAACUUUAAUACAACUAAUUCUUAAGAAUUUAACGUUCUUUGUGUUAUAAAAAUAUUUAUCAAUCAUAUAUAUUAUAUGGAGGCAUUUGCCUUUUUUGUAUUAUCAUGGCCCUAGCUAUUGAAAGGACAAGGGGUGUGAGUCAAGUGAGCAAGAUCCUAUAGACCCCACAAGUCUAGUAAAGCUCACAUUUAAUAGGACUUAUGUAUGAAAAAUGGAGCGUUACUUUGUACAGCAAGUAUGUAUAUAGUCUGUUUGUUGUGUUUAAAGUGUCUUAUCAAAUUAAAUAGUAUAUUGUUCUGAUGAAGUCUGUCUUGUGACUGUUUACCAUUCUCUUUUUUUUCCUGGAAAGAUGAAAAUUGGCAAUACUGAGUACUGGUGAGGCCUGCUGUGGCAAUACCAUUUUGCAGCUUAUGUCCUGACACUGUCCACUUUACUUGGGCGUGGUAAUGGGAUGCCACCCCAUCUUUCUCUGUGGAAACACAAAAAGGAAAGAGUCCUGAGAGUUGUGCUUGCUUGUUCACACCCACUGAGAUAAAACAGUUCAAAGGAAAAUGAUUAGAUGAUGAAAGGUUCUGUCUAGAAGUCUAAAACUUAUAAAACUCAGGUAGUAAAGAUGAUGGUACUUAGUACAUUUAAAAAUGUUCAGAAAUUAGGUAAUGUAUGAGAAUAUUAUCACUGUGGUGGAUCUCAUUACCAUCUCUCUAUUUUUUUACCCUGAUUGAAUGUAAGAAUUAAGGGCUUGUAUAUUCAGUUCAGAGAGAAGGCAGAUCCAGGAUUAAUAUUGCUGCUCCUCUUUUCUUUUUCCUACAGUUUCCUGGUUCCUGCUGACAGCAGUCUUUAAAGAAAGAUUGAAAGUCUAAAAGUCUGAAUUUGGAUUGGAUAUGUUGUCCCUUUGAAAGGAAUACGAGAUUAAUACAGAGUCAUUUUUGUCCUGUAUUUUGAAUUUUAUGGCAAGAAAUUAAGUCUCAAGAUUUUUUUUCAUGGCUUUCCAGUAUUGUGGAACUUCUACUACUGGAAAACACAGUGUUCUUCAUUAGAAUUUCUGUUAGACUCUGUGCAUUUUUUGUCUUUUAAAUAUUGUUAUGAAACCUUAUUUUCAGCUUUUAUCUUACACUUAUUUGGCAGUUCUAUUAGAGAAUAUUCUUGGAUGCUUAUAGUACUUUUCAAACAUCAAAAGGCAAAUGAGAAAACAGUUUUGCAAAAUUUUUGAAGCACGUCUCAAGUGACUUAGAGUCCUUCCUAAACGGGAUUUGAGCCCCAAAAUCACUUUCCCUAUUACGCCAAUUUUCACAAAACAUAUAGAAAAGUCAAGUCAAAAGGAAGAUGUGCAAAGUCAAGUGAUUUGCCAGGGUCACACCAGCAUUUUGUGUCAAACUAAGGAAGGAACGGAGCACAAAUGUUUGGGACCUAUUCGGUCUGCAUUUGACUGUGGAACUUUCUUGCUAUGAAUAUUGUCCAAUUACUAUGAAAGAAUACAGGCUCUCGAUUUGCAGCAAAUUAUGCUAUGCAAUAGGAGGUGCCCCAAAUCAAGUGGCAGGGAGUGCUGCUGCUUUCUUCCUACAGAUCUACCUGCUAGAUAUAGCCCAUAUUACUCCAUUUCACGCCUCUUUGGUGCUGUUCAUUGGCAAAGCCUCAGGUGCAGUUACUGAUCCUAUUGCUGGCUUUUUUAUUAGCAAAAGUAGAUGGACAAAAAUUGGCCGUCUCAUGCCUUGGAUGCUGGCAUGUACACCCUUCACAGUAGUGUCCUAUUUUUUUAUGUGGUACCUGCCUCCUUUUGUAUCAGGAAGAGUUGCAUGGUACCUGACUUUCUACUGCCUUUUCCAAGCACUGACCACAUUAUUCCAAGUACCAUAUUCUGCCCUCACCAUGUUUCUCAGCACAGACCAGAAGGAGAGAGAUUCUGCAACAGCAUAUCGAAUGACCAUGGAAGUGCUUGGGACCUUGAUUGGAGCUGCACUUCAGGGGCAGAUUGUGGCCAGUGCUCAUGUCUCUCAUCACUGCACCGUGACUCCCCCAGUAAACACAACUGACUCCUGGCAUGACACUCCCAGCUUUCCAGAUCCCUCAGAUGCCCUGUCUCAUCAAGCAAAAGUUUAUAUGAUUGCAGCAGGGGUCAUAGGAGGUGUGUAUCUUCUUGGAAUCAUCAUUCUUUUUCUUGGAGUAAAGGAAAAAGAUGAUCCUUAUGCCUUAAAUUCAGACAGAGCAAUUCCUUUUUGUAAGGGGCUUGGACUCACCAUGAAGCAUGGUCCAUAUGUGAAGUUUACAGCUUCAUUUCUUCUCAUCUCGACAGCAGUUCAGCUGGAACAGAGCAACUUUGUCUUAUUCUGCACUCAUGCUGCUGAUCUUCGCAAUCACUUCCAGUAUUUGGUGGUGACCAUCUUGGUAUCAGCAGCUGUGAGCAUUCCUUUCUGGCAGAAGUUUCUGCAGCGAUUUGGCAAGAAGUGUGCAGCUUGUGGGAUUUCGUGGAUGAUUCCUUUUGCAGUCAUGUUAGUGACCAUUCCAAACCCGAUCCUGGCUUAUUUCGUGGCCUUCGUCUCUGGUCUGAGCAUUGCAGCAUCUCUUCUGUUGCCAUGGUCAAUGCUGCCUGAUGUUGUUGAUAACUUUCGCCUGCAAAAUCCUCACGGAAAAGGACAUGAAACCAUUUUCUAUUCUUCUUAUGUUUUCUUUACCAAGAUGUCAGCAGGAAUUGGCUUAGGAAUUUCUGCAGCAGGCCUGGAAUUUACUGGAUACAAGCCAGGGAUAUGCAGACAAUCCAACGAUGUGAUCCUCACACUGAAAAUCCUCAUUGGAGCAGUCCCUGCUAUCCUCAUCCUUGUAGGUUUAUUUAUACUCCUUUUCUACCCAAUCACUGAAGAAAGUCGGAAAGAAACAAACCUUGCACUUGAAGUGUUAAGAAGGAGCCAUCAUAGCACAGAGAACCUGGAUGACCACAAAGAGACCACCUCGGUCUGAAAGCUCUGAAUACAACAACUUUCCAAAUACAGUCUCACAUCUCAUGCACAAACUCAGCGAGAGUCUUCCAGGUCAUUUCUCUGCUCACAUUUUGUCAGAAAGAAUAAAGGAUGAUUCUGACACAGUCAGUAAUGAAAUGAAGAGAGGACACUGCCGUGCAAAAUAGAUGUCUAACUCCAUGCACUGUGCUAAAAGAGAUACUACAAAUGUUCAGGAAUGCGAGCUAUUGAAGGCUUGGGGGUUUUUGUUGUUUUUCAAUGAUUAACUGAAAGCUGUGAUCUCAUUGCAACAGGAGAUUCCAUGGACUUGUAGGUCAAAGGAAAAAAGUGCAAAUGUGAUGCAUAACCCAAGUUUUGACUUGUGAUACAUUUCACCCUUAGAGGCUGGGGUGGAUUUUGAACAUAAUCUCUACCUAUAAAUUGCACACCGUUUUGUUUAGAAAGCACUUGGGAAUCCUGAAGUGUACUAUAUAAAGUUAAGAUUGAUUUUGUUUCGAAAUGAGGCAGGUCACUGAUGCAGACAUGUUUUGAGGAUUUUCUCACGAAGAGCUUUUCUGAAAGAGAGUUUGAUGCAAUUUAACUUCAUAGAUUUUAUAUGAAACAGAACCUUACAUUUCCCAUUACUGGAGUUCCUUGCUUCUGACACCUGUAAGCUGAUCUCUGUCAGAGAAUGAGUACUUAGCAUUUUCAAAAACAACAUCUCCACUCAGGAUAUCCAAAAUCAGUAGUGUCUUCCAAGAAUUAGAUUAUGCCAUUCAAAUUUCUGUAAAUUUUGGCCUUUAAGUAAUCAUCAUACUCACCCAUUUCUCAUGUGGUGUAGGCUCUCCAUCUCACAAAACACCAUGGCAUGGCUGUUCAUCUCAGCCUGCACACAGUGUUUUAUAAUAAUGAGGCUACACCUGACUUUUAAAUGAUUUUUUUCCGUCAGGGAUGUCAUCAUGCUUUAGAUACAUUAACUGAAACCUCAUUUCUACUAUAGAUUCACACCGCUGAACACAUUUUGUAGAUGAAAGGCACACCUAACCUCAGGCACUUUCUGGAGCACUCAAGUUCAGACCUGGUCAUUCUGGGCUGCUUCUGUGGUCAGUGGAGAUGCAGAGACCUCCAGAGCCUGACUCCAAGCGUACGCUAAAAUGACUGGACUCUGAAGAUGUAUCUAAAUCUGGAGGAGAGCGCGAUGAAUCCAAGAGUUGAAGGCUUGUUCACCUUGAAGAAAUUAGCACAGUGCAAGACAAGACAGGAAUUUACAGCCCAAGUUUGGAGUCUAAGGCCUAAUGAACUGUCCUAAUUCAGCAAAACACUUAAUCAUGAGUGAGCUUUUAAGGAUGUAUUUUGAGUGUGCAUGGGUAAAAGUUAUGUAUGUUUAAGCCUUCUCUUGAAUCGACAUCUAAGGCUGGGGGUUUUUUUUGUUUGUUUUGGUUCUUGGACAAAUGAAGAUUUGUAUGCUUGGGGCAUAUGUGUUUACAACAAUAAAACCCGUAAGCCUGUUUACAAUUUUGAGUCUGAUGGAAUUUGAA